UUGAGCACCUGCUGAGCGCUGAGUACUGAGUACUGUAGUACUGAUUUGCCGCCGGCAUUUGCCUUUUCUCUUAGCUCUCGUCUAUCAACUUCACACUUGCAUCUCUAUACGUUCUGAUUUACCAUGUCUGAACGUAAAGUCCUCAACAAGUAUUUCCCUCCGGACUUCGAUCCGGAUUUGAUUCCUCGACGAAAGCAACCCAGGAAUUCUCAACAGGUUGUCCGUCUCAUGGCUCCGUUCUCUAUGCGAUGUAAUACGUGUGGCGAAUAUAUCUAUAAGGGCAAAAAGUUCAACGCUCGGAAAGAAACCGUCGAAGAAGAGGAUUACUAUGGAAUCAAGAUCUUUAGGUUCUACAUCAAAUGUACAUUAUGUUCUGCUGAAAUCACCUUCAAGACGGAUCCCAAGAACACCGAUUAUGCAGCAGAGCACGGAGCAUCUAGGAAUUUUGAACCAUGGAGAGAGGAAGAGGCAGGUGAAGAGGAGGAUCGGCUUGCGAAGUUAGAAGAGGAAGAGAACAAUCCCAUGAAAGUGUUAGAGAAUCGCACAACGGAUUCAAAACGAGAGAUGGACAUCCUCGAUGCUUUACAGGACAUCAGAGCUCGGAAUGCUCGGAAUGAGAGGGUAGGCAACUCGGCAGAUCUUCUCGCGAAGCUUGACAUGGAAGAGAUAGAGAAUGAAGAGGAUUUGGAGCGGAAGAGAUUAGAGGAGGAAGAUGAAAAGUUAGUGAGAGAGGUGUUCUCCAAAAUUCCCUCAAUGUCUGCGGACUCUCCCUCAGAAAUCGUUACGGUGAAGCGGAAGGCAGAUGCGAUUGAACCCUCAGUUCACAGUCUACUUUCCGAAUCGUCCCGCUCGUUGCUGGACCUGAAAGCCAAUGUCCAACACAACACUGCCAAGAAGGUUAAGAAGAAUACAUUGGGAAUCAAAGUGGUCAAGAAACAAAAGACAUAAUCCUGUUGGUUAGCUUUUUGUACUCAUAAGUGUUUGUUGCAUAUAUUAGAUGGACUCUCUCGACCA